AUGUGUAAAGCGGCCGGCGCCGAAGAGAUCUUAGCACUAUCUGACUCUCAGCUGAUUGUGAGCCAAGUCAAUGGAACCUAUGAGGCAAAGGAACCGACGAUGGUUAAGUAUAUGCAGGCCGUCCACCAAGAGGUGGAACCACUGAAAAGCUUUGAAGUAAGGCAAGUCCCUCGAUCAGAAAACAACCAAGUUGAUGCCUUGUCAAAAUUGGCUAGUUCUGCGUCUUGUGAUACCCCUCGUCACGUGUUCUGGGAAUCUAUCAUCUUUGAUAAUGGGCCUCAGUUUGAGACGCCUAAGCUGAAAGAAUGGCUAGCGGAACAUGGUAUACACAGCUGUUUUGCCUCUGUUGGAUGUCCCCAAGCCAAUGGCCAGGUUGAGGCGUUCAAAAAAAUAAUCUCUGAAGGGAUAAAAAAGAAGCUUGACGAGGCCAAGGGUCUGUGGGCUGAUGAGUUGCCAAACGUCUUAUGGUCAAUCCGCACCACGGCAAAGAACUCCACCGGUGAAACCCCCUUCUUAUUAGCUUAUGGUGCUGAGGCCGUCCUACCCAUAGAGAUGUGUGAGCCAACCUUGAGAGUCAUGCUAUACGAUGAAAAUGCUAAAUGGGAAAUGAUGAAAGUGGCCUUGGAUCUCUUGCCUGAGGUUAGAGGAAAUGCCGCCCUAAGACAACAACUGUACAAGAUAAGAAUGGCGAGGGAAUAUAACAAGAAAGUCUCUAACAGAGUGCUAAAGGUGGGAGAUUUUGUCCUCCAAAAAAUGGAAUCCACAGGCCGAGCCAAUGAACAGGGUAAGCUGACGCCUAUUUGGGAAAGACCUUAUGAGAUCUAUGAUGAACGGCACAACAGGCCUCAGGUUAACCCGUGUGCAAAAGCAGGGUUCCUGUCUGCUAACCGUUUAGUGGUACAUUAG